UGACAAUAUGUUGACAGUGACACACAAGCAAUACAAGGUUUAUAUUUUCUUCGUAGAACAAAAACAGCUAUUUUGUAGAUAGUUUUUACGUAAGCUAGCAUAAUUACCGUAAUUUAGAUAUUGGACUGGACAUUAACUGCCGCCUAAGUUAGUGAACAUGAGUCUCAAAAGCUUGAUCCCGGCGAUAAUACUAUAUUUAUGCUUUGAUUUUUCACAUCAGCGAGAGAGCUACGAACAUGAACUUGUAAAAGGAGUUUCUACUGUGGAUAAAGACUGGGAUUUUUUAAUAUUUACUCAAAACUGGCCAGGUUCUGUGUGCAAAGCUUGGACUCAUAAUAAACCUAAUCACCACUGCGUUUAUCCUAAUAAGAAGGAUUCAUGGACUGUCCAUGGCAUCUGGCCGACAAAGGCUGGAACUAAGGGACCUUUUAGUUGCAACACCACAUGGUUAUUUGACCCUGAAGAAGUCCGGCCUAUCGAAACUGAAUUGGAACAAGCCUGGACGAAUGUGGAGAAAGAAACUGAACUCUACAAUCUAUGGGCUCACGAAUGGAACAAACAUGGUACUUGUGCUGCAAUGAUAGAACCAUUCAACGGCCAACUAAAAUACUUUUCAAAAGGCAUUGAUUUCCUUAAGCAAUUCCAUAUGACAGACAUGUUGAAUGCUGCUGACAUCAUUCCCUCGGACGUUAAAGAAACUAAUGCAGAAGAUAUAAAUAAUGCCGUAGUAUCUAAAAUCGGUAAGCGUCCAGUAAUUGAGUGUGUAUUUGAAGACGGAGUCCAGUAUUUACUUGAGUUACGUAUAUGCUUUGAUAAGCAGUUGAAUUUGAUGGAGUGUCUUGGUGAGAAGGAAGUCAACGGUCUGCUUACAAACUGUAACAUAUCUAAAGGUAUUAUGUAUCCGACGCAGUUACCGCCCCCUAAGAGAUACUUGGUACAGUUGCAUAAGUUUGUCAAUUGGCUUCAGUGGUUUACACUGUAAGUCUAAACAAGAAAUUCUUCUGAUUUGUUUGCGUUUAUAAUUCUCAAACACUUUUCAACCAAUAACUAUCACAUGAACAACCAGCAAGGAGUUCCUGUAAACAAAAUGCCCAUGGCACUUGUUUUUAAUAAUGUUUCAAUAUUAAUUAUUUAUUUUUUAUAUUUAAAUGCCUCUUGCAAUUUAGUUGUUUACAGUUGGAAACAAUUUUUUUUAUAGUAAUGCAAUGUUUUCAAAAACAUCACUGUUGUUUUUGAACUAGCUUACUAGCUUUUUUAAACCUGUGAAUGUCUCAGAAUGUUUAAUUUUUCUAUAUUAUGGAUAAAGAAGAUCUAUUAAAAAACUUUCUGCCAUAAGUGAAACUAAGUUCUAUAUUUCUUUUUUUAUAUCUGUCAUAAUAGGUUAGUCUUAAAGUAGCUUUUUUGCUAUUUCCUUAAAAUUUGUCUUUCUUUCGUAAAAGAGUCAUUAUUUCGAUCUUAUAAUAUUUGGAUGAGACCAACAACCAACAAUUCAUUCAGUUAUAGUUCAAAUGCUCAGAGCUAUUUAGUUCCUAGAAAACUAACUUUAAUGUAAUCAUAAUCAUCUUUUAUAGAAAUAGUCACGUUUUAAGAUAACAGCUAGCGAAAAAAAGGUUUAUCCCCAGAUAACAGACACAAUGUAAGUGAUUUUCAAGACCGGAAAAAAGGGUAAAAUAUUAUGUGAUAUAAACAUCAAUUCCCCUUUUAAAAUUUAGUUCUUAAUUAAGAGGAACUCCGUAUCAAAAUGAGUAUAAGCCAGCCUUAUUAUAACAUGACCCAACAUAAGUAUAAUAAGGGGAUCACCCACUAUCUCUUAAUAGUAUUGUAAUUGUGAAAGCGUAACAGCGCAUUACAGGGCGUAGAGCGAUGUCUCUCUCUUACACAACUGCAGUAAUAUGACUUUAGAAGGCCGUAGGGGCGCUCAGUUUAUAAAAAUAUAUUUUGUAAGUAUUAUUAACUACACAAAUCCCUGUUUCAGUUAAUUUACCAGUCAUUACCGUAAUUACUUGAUAUUUUAUUAACACUAGUGUAAGCAGAUGUAUAUUUUAUUUAUAAUAUCUAUGUACCUAUGUAGAGACAAAUAUUUAUUUAAAAUAUUUAGAUAUAUAUUUUCAGAUACAUUUAAAAUAGGAUGAAAAAGCUAAAUAUGUAAGUUACUAAAUAGAUAUUGAGAUUAAAGAAAUAAUACACAUUACAUUGUUAAGCAAUACAUGUCAAUAAAACAAAAUGAAUCCUAUUAUUCGAAAUUCAACUUUACUCUAAUGCAAUAAAGUGUGAUUUUGUACUAAGCCUCUAAUGCAACGUAGUUUUGCCUUAAGACGUCCGUCCAUCACCUCUUUUACUCUCCCAAGAUUGCCAAGUAAGAAAUAGAAUAGAUAGUUUUAAUAUAAAUGCUUAGUCAAUACAUAGGAAAUAAUCAUAGCUAUAUACAUAUUAUACAUGUACCUAAUGUUAAGUUCUACCUAUAUUGAUAAUAAUGAGUAAUAUUAUGGAUUUCUAUAAAUAUUGGUAUGUAUUUUAUAUAUUUUUACACGUGUAGUUGUGUAGGUAGUUAGGUACUUAAGUAUUACUACGUCAAAGUGUCACUAACAUACUUUAAAUAAUUUUUAUUGCGUUAUAAUUGUUCAUUUUAUAUUUAUAGUCUACCAGAACAUUAUUCAAUGCUGUGACUUCUGCCUAGUCUUUUCCUAAUCAAUUAAGGGUCGGCUUCAGUAAAUAGAUUUCUCUAAAUAAAACUUCUUUGUGCUACUAACAAAUGGUACCAACGGAUUAUUAGAUGCCCCCUUAAAAAUGUAGAAAAUGCUGUAACAAAAUGAGAUAUUAUGUUGAUAUAAUUUGUGAACUAUCGAUAUUAUAGCUUCAAUAGCAAGUAUUAUAUUGUUACCGGUGAAACUUUAAAGCCAAUCUUGAUUCUAGCAAUAUGUUACUUAUGUCGUAUUUUUAAUCUUGUAUUUCUUUCCCAAUAAAAUAAAUUAUUUUUUCCAUUA